UGCCUAUGUGUUUUUUUUGAGUGAAAAGGAAUCUCUCUCUUUCUUUUUAUUUGUUUUACUCUUUUCCUCAUUUAUGCUUCAAUUUCUAGCUAGUCUCAUUACCUGUUCUUUGCUUCCUACCUCCCUAUUGGUCUAUUUUGUACUAUCUUCAAGAUUUCUUUUCAAAGAGACACCAGCUUUAGACAGCCACAUAGCAAUAAAGUAUACAACACACAUUGCUUACACACAUACUACACACAAAGAGACAAGGAAAUAAUCAAGAAAAGAUAUUCUGUGUUUUCCAAAUCCCCAAAAUAUUUUUUUUAUAAAAAAAAAACUUUUGUUUUAUAACUUAGCUAGUUCUAGCUAUUGGUAGCUAUAGCUAUAUUCAUCACUCAUCUCAAGUUUCUGUUAUAUUUACUUUCAUAGAGAUUUUCACUAAUUUUGCUACUAUACAUACAUCUCUUUUGCUUUUCUUUGUGAAAAACAAAGGUUAAACAGCUGGACUUGUUCUUCUACUAUGUAAGCAGUGGGGUUGCUUUCUUGAGUAUAUUAAAGCUUUUGAAAAAAGAACAUUUUCUCACCAAAAAGGAGAAAGCUUUUGGUUAUUUUUCAUCUGGGUUUGGAGUAAAAAAGUAUUUCUUGAGAAAAAAAAGGUAUAAAUGGAAAGUGGGUAUUCAAGGAAAAAUGAGGAAGUGCAACCACAACUAUUGGAUUUCAUUUCAAAGGAAAGAAACUGGUUGGUUAACAAAGGUGAUGAUCAUGGAGAUGAAAAGAAGCUUGAGUUAAGGCUUGCUCCACCUUGUGUUGAAGAUUGGUCUCUUCCAGAUGCACAGAAAAACUACAAAACUCCACCAAAACCAGCUCAAAAAAGGAGUGCACCUGCUCCAGUUGUGGGAUGGCCACCAAUAAGGUCAUUUAGGAGGAAUAUUGCAAGUAGCAGCAACUCAAAACAGGCAUCACCACUUUCAGAUUCACAAAAUGGGAUGGUGGUUUCAAACCAAAAUGUUGCUAAUAAGAAAGAUAAAAUGGUGGAAAGUAGCCAAACCCAAAAAGGUUUCUUUGUGAAGAUAAAUAUGAUUGGUGUCCCAAUUGGUAGAAAAGUUGAUCUUAAUGCUUAUGACACCUAUGAAAAGCUUUCUGUUGCUGUGGAUCAACUCUUUAGAGGACUUCUUGCAGCUCAAAAAGAUACAUCUGGAAGUGGACUAAACGUAAAUCUUGAACAAGAGAAGGCGAUUACGGGUUUGUUAGAUGGUCGUGGCGAAUAUACUUUGGUAUAUGAGGAUAAUGAAGGGGACAGGAUGCUUGUUGGGGAUGUCCCAUGGCACAUGUUUGUUUCUACGGUUAAGAGACUACGCGUGAUUAAGAGUUCAGAGAUUUCUAACAUAUGCUUGGGAAGUAAGCAAGAGAAGCUGUGUUGAUGAUUAUGGAUUAAGGCGUCGUAGGGGAUAGCUAUGUUUAUAUGAAGUUGGAUUGAAAAGAGUCUUUUGUGGUGUUUUGAGUGUAUGAAUUUUAGGGCUUUUUCUUUAGGUAAUAAGAAAAGCUUGUUAUUACAACUUACCCAAUUGAAGAAUCAACAUGUGAAUGGUUUUUCUGAGCAAAAUUUUCAGUUUUGUGAUGGAUUAGUAUACUUAUUAUGGGAAUAUGUAACUUAGAUUUUAGCA